AUGGUUGACGCCUAUUCCAUGUGUCCCGAAGUUUUCCGUAUCCGCAGUACGACAACCACCGCAACAUUGGAGAUCCUUCAAGAAACCUUCGCAAGGUAUCCACGUACCCUGGUAACAGACAACAGUUCCCAGUUCGUGAGCUCAACGUUCAAGCAGUUCUGCGAAUCAAACGGUGUCUGCCACAUAAUCACGGCUCCGCAUCACCCGCAGUCAAACGGACAAGCUGAUAGAUUCGUAGACGCACUGAAAAGGGAUCUUAACAAGCUCGUCAAGGGGGAAAGCAGGGAAACUUUCCAGCAUCUUCAAAUUAUGUUGUCCACGUACCGUUCAACACCGAAUCAAAAUGCUCCCGAAGGAAAGACACCUGCUGAACUUUUCCUGAAAAGACCGGUUCGAACAACUCUGGAUCUUGCCAAGCCGCAGAUUCCGAGCCCAACUGAAAUGAGCACGAAGCAACGCCAUGAUGAUAGUUUCAUCCAGCCUCCUGCCACUAUCAAUUCCCAGUCUCCUGACUGUUCAGUCCAAAAUCGUAGGCUUCUCAGUUGGCUGAUGCACUACGAUCUUUCUUAA